CUUACGGCGAGGUGAGGGAGGUCCCGACAUUCAAAAGCACUACCACAAGUGCCCGUACCCCAUCCGCCGAUCGUCUAUGCUUGAACACUCUGCUACAUUUCGCAAAGAACGCAGGCUGUGUUUGUGCGCCCACGAGGACUCAAUCGCUCCUAGUUGCUGUGUCCGACCCUCCGUCAAACCUUAUUUCGCGCUGCCAUUAUGACCUCAUACUGUACUGUCGAAGCGCGCGACGCGACAUUGACAUCUCCAUACUGGCCAACACGUGUAUCCAAGAGCUCACUCACUCGCGACAUGCUCAAGUGAUCAAUGUCUCGCCAUGACUCGAGCCCCGAGGGCGUCAAGCCUGUGUCGUCCGCAGCCUCCGCAUCGCGAAAGCGGGCGCUGCCGGCAUGGCUGGAUCAUUUCAACAUUCAUGACAUGAAGAUACUGUUUCGCUGCUGGGUGGCCGCUUGGGUGGCCAUUCUUUUGAUCUUCAUCCAGCCGGCCUUGACCAACAUUGGCCAAGCGACUUUUUUCAGUACGCUUGUGUUGUUGGUCAUCCCACCGGCGAACAUACUCUUUGUGUAUAUCCUCCAAGCAUUCUCCCUGCUGUUGGGGAUGUGUGCUGCCUGGGCAUGGGGUCUUCUUGUCAUGAAGUGUGGCCUCUCUGUGCGGUCCGAGUCUGAAAUGCAGGCUCUGCUGGCGAGUUUGCAGACAAAAGCUGCGGAAGCCGCUCGGAGGUCGGGCCAGGAUCCGGCAUGGGAAGCGCAGAUACUUGUCCACGACGGGCACUUUCUGAACGCAAAGGUCACUGCCGUCUUCUUUGUGAUGGGACUCCUUUUCAUCUAUGUCCUGGCACGCCUGCGAUGCGCCAACCCGAAGCUCUUCUUCUUCCAAAUGUUUGGGACUAUCGCUAUGGACCUCUUCAUUCUGUUUGGUCCGGGCCUGCCAUCAUACAAGGCUGACUUGGCAGUCACUCUGGUGAAGCCUGGCGCAAUCGGUACUGCCUUGGGCACGACUUGCUGCCUGCUAUUCUUCCCACAAUCAACUUCAUACGCGGUACUCGACUCUCUCGGAAAACUCGUCGGUCUCAUGCAGAAGCCUAUCGAGCUGACAAGGAGAGGUCUUCAAGAUGAAGAGCUGCCCAUGGAGGAACUCCGAGCCACGCGUCUGAAAAUGGUCUCGCUGUACAAAUCCAUCGGGCCGCUUGUCGCUUUCCUUCCUCUCGACAUGUCCCGGGGACGAUGGAACACCGGCGAUGUGAGAGCUUUGUAUGGUCAUAUCAGAGAGGCGAUGGUGGCGGGGCUCUCGCUCCUCGAUCUCCAUAUCACUUGGGCUCACGCAGCAGAGCAAAAAGUCGAAUUCGAGAAGUACCGACAGGAUCACGACCACGAUCAUCACGAUCAUCACAAAGCAGGACACAGACAGCUUUCUGAAACCGCUGAACUCAUGUAUGCACUCAGAGAUCCGGAAGUGGACGGAAGGCAUCAUCGGGCUUUUGAGUUACUAAGAAAUCCAGCAAGCGAGGUGUUUUCAGUCACAUCGCAAUCCAUCACCUUGGCAGUGCGGUGUCUCAGGUCCGUAAACUCCUGUCGAUGGCUCAGAGUGCCUUCGAAGGAGACAUUCACCGAGUUGCAAAGCGAGCUGGGCGACAUGAUUGCUACAAUAAAGCGUACUACAGACAAAUGCGUGGUGGACGUCACGGAAGGCAUAAUAGAGGCGCACAGUGAUUUGUUUGACGAAAGUGGAGAGCUCAAAGAACAGGAUGACAUGCAUAUGCCGAAUCUAAGGGGCAUCGUGCUGGGCAUGAUCCUCGAGGAACGCAUUCUGAACACAGCAAGACGAACGCAGCAGCUCCUCGAAUUCAUCCUGCGCUUGAUGGAACUGCGGACCGAGCAUCGACUCUGGUGGCCCUCGAAGCUUCAAUAUGCGCUUUCGUGGCUUUUGUUUGGGAAGCACUCGGCCCCCAGUCUGAACUCGUCUGACGCGGUUGAUGAUUCCCAGACGUCGAAGCGUGCUGACCCCGACGCGGACGAUGGUGCUAUCGGGGACCACGCUCAGGAGGCAUACAGGCGCUUACGACUGGUGAGGGGAUACAAGGGUGCCAGUGCCCGGAGAAGUCCCGUCACGCGAGCCAUCAUUAAAAGCCGGGACUGGCUCUUUGGCGUGUCGGGCAUGUUCGCUCUACGGAUGGUCGUGGUGACCUUGGUCACAGCGAUUAUUUCUGUCAUCCCGCAUUCUUCCGGGUUUUUCUACCGCGAAAAGGGCAUCUGGGUGGUCAUUACCGCACAACUAUGCAUUCUCACCUACAUGAGCGACUUCACCUUCUCCCUCCUCACUAGGGUCGUGGGUACCAUCGCAGGGGGCGUACUUGGCAUGCUGGUCUGGUACAUUGGCUCUGGGGACGGAACAGGCAAUCCCUAUGGACUGGCUGCUACUUCAGCGGUCGUCCUGCCCAUCGUUCUCUGGCUGCGUAUCUUUCUGCCCCCUGUCUAUGUCAAGGCGACGAUCCUCUUCGGUGUCACAUUCUGUCUCGUUAUCGGAUUCAGCUACGACAUGCACCACUUGCGACUCUAUGGCCUUCCUGGAGUUGGUUACCAGGCUUUCUGGAAGCGACUGACAGGUGUGUUGAUCGGCUGUUUAGUAGCCACCGUCGUCCAGAUCUUCCCAAAACCACCGUCUGCUACGCGGCACGUGUGUGAUACUCUGUCGAACACCACGGGGACACUGGCGGACCAUUACGCGCUGCUCCUGUCACACUGGGGCCAUGCCGAUCUACAAAGCCCUUUGGGCGCUGUAGCAGAGGAAAUCUCCAUCACGGUCGCCGAUACUUUACUCUCACUGAGCGGCUCGAUAGCCUACUUGCAGUAUGAAAUAUCUCUCACGCCAUUCGAUCGGGUUGUCCUUCGAGACGCGCAGACAGAGCUAGAGCAUGUCAACCAGGCACUGCGGCGGCUCCUCAAUCUGUCCACUUCAAUGCCAAAUGAGCUCCAAGAACGGUUCAGUCAGAUCACUGGAUUCCAGGAGGAGCGAACUAUUGGCGAUGUCAUGGCUGUUCUCAGUUUGAUCGAGCAGGCGCUCAGGACGGGAUGCGCCCUGCCGGAGAGAUUGCCCACACCGCUCGUCAGGCGAUUCUAUGAGUCGCGGCGCUUGAAGAAUAGUGUGCCCAUGCUGAAUACCACCCUGGUGCGGGACGCAGAGUAUAGGAGGUACUGCGUGGCACUGUCGUCCUACCUGAAGCUCUUGUCUAGCAUCGACUCGCUGGUACUGGUGCUGAAGAAGGCGUUGGGGGAGGUCCAUGUCAUUCAUCCUUGGGAAGGGGCCUGAGCCUUUUGCUCUUGAGAGGCCAAACCAUGUUCCAUUUACGAGGCAUCGCAGCGCUGGCCAUCUCUGGAACCUGGUCUUGCGACAAAAGACGAGGGUAUUUAUAACCACGCUAUCUGAGCAGUAGGAGGCGAUCAGCGACGAGGUAAGAAACAGUGGUAAAGGGACAUCUAGAGAUAGACAUUUGUUGUAUACGCCAAAAUCAUUAAAUCCUGACGAAAUGUCAGUGGUUUUUCCGAUGUCACUUGAUCGAAGAAUGCCUACAUUCACUUCCCAUCAAUUUCAGUGCCGCCCAUCUUACUCACCCGACUCACCCCACACUGAGCGACCACCGAUGCUCACGCUGAGCUUCGGCUUCCUCGCAGAACUCAUG